ACGUCGGAACGUGUUGGAGAAUUACAGUCUACUUCUGACAAUAAUAUCAAUUAGAGACAUUAAAGCUCAAUAAAAUAUUUAAUAUUUUCGGUAAAAUAAUCGAAUUUUCGAAACACUGAACUAAAGAAAACAAAAUUCGGCAUGAAUUUAACGUUACAUUUCAUGGUUUAUGUAAAGUAGAUUCAUACGUGUGUGUGUGUGUGAUGGUCGCUUGUAAUAAUGAAUACCAACAAACAAUUUUUGUACGCUUUACAACACUGGCGAUUAUUGUUGUCGCCGUCGGUCGUCUGAAUGGAACAAUUUAAUGUUUGUAGUAUUCGUGUGGCCAAGUGCAGAAGUAAAGAGAAAAUAAAUGCAAAAUUUCUAGAAAAGAGUUGUGAUAAAAGUGAAAUAAUGUUGUGAAAUAUAUAAAAGAACUGAGAGAGCAUUAAAUGAGAUACGAAGUUUCUUUGCCUAAAGUUUUAGAAGCGGAGAAAAAUCAAUACACAGAUUUGCCAUUUGUGCAAUAAGCCAAAGCCAAUCAAGACAUUUCAUUUUUCCUGCCCCUCUAUUGAAUUGCAUUGCAGCAGGGAAGAUAAAAAAAUCGAUUUUCCUAAGAACACCUUUUUUUUGGCCGAAAACAACAGAAUCGUCGUUUGUUUCAGCACCUCGUGAAAUGUCAAAUGAAAUGAAUGAAAAACAAUAACAACACAAAUAAGUGGCGAAUCAGUGUUUUGUGAACGAAUAAUAAGGGGAAUAGUCCCAAACCAGAGAGAAGAAGAAAGAUAAAUUGCAGAGAAUAUGUAGACAUGGAAUGUCUACAACUUUUCUGAACAAACGUGUGGAAAUUGUCUUGCAUUUUCGGUUGGAAAAAGUCUCUAAAUAUCAAUAAAUGAUUACAAAUAACGUCGAGUCAUAGUAAAACGAUUUACAAAAAUACAACCAAGUUUGAAAUCCGUAUUCGAUGGAUUUGCUAGACAGCGCAAUGGAGCUAUUGAAUAAUACUUCAUCGCCCACGAUUAGCAGCGGAGGUAGUAAUAUCAGCUCAACAACAUCUCAUGGCGAAUCCCUAUAUCAACUGCAAUCGGCAAAUGCAAAUAAUUUAGUUCAAGAAGCAAUGGCCAUGGCAUCAACCGCAGAGGGGGUGGAUGGAAUAGGUGGUGGAGGUGAUGUCAGUGGAUUAGAAGUUGUAUCUCAGCCACAACAAACCCUGGAGGAUGCUUUUUUACCCCGUUAUGCAUUGAAAUCACCCAGGUCUUCUAGCAGCAGUGAGAGUGAAUCAGAGGAGGCUACAAAUCCAACAGCUGGAACUUCAGCCGAUGGCAAUGGGGAGAGGGUGGCUUCACCACCCCCAAAUUGUGCCAUCUGCUUGGGUCGUUGCAAAAAUAAAUGCUUUACCGACUCAUGCAUGCAUCAGUUCUGCUUCAAGUGCUUGUGCGAGUGGAGCAAAGUCAAACCAGAGUGUCCACUGUGCAAGCAAACCUUCAAGUCGAUUAUUCACAAUGUCAAGUCAGAGCACCAAUUUGAAGAGUACCAUGUCCAGCCGCCAACUGUGCAAAUUGCUCAAUCCCAAUUUGAUAUGGAUCUGGCACAGAUGCGCAUCUUUGGCGUUGUUAGUCAAAAUAUUGGCCGCAAUGAAACCUGGAGUGAUCGUGUGAAUCCUAAUUUUAUGUACGCUAUAGCCCCAACAGCAGCUGGCGGUGGUAACAACAAUCGUUCCAUGCCAGUAGGUAGCUUGCGAAAUCAAUAUAUGUAUCGUGCAGAGUUAUUGGAUUUAUAUCGUCAAGAAUAUCCUGAUAGUACAUUAAGCCAAUUGUGGCGUCGCUAUGUUUACGAUCGAAAAUUAUACGCCCUGCCAGUUCGUGAUGUUACCGGGCGUUUUCGUGAAAGCAGUUCUCAGUAUUAUAGGGAUAAUCCAGCACAAAUACAUCGUUUGAUGCCGUGGAUCAGUCGCGAUUUGCAAUGUUUGUUACGUCAAUCCCAACAUGAUGUUAACACUGUCUUGGAAUCCAUCAAUUCAGCCUUAGUUCUUAUGAAUAUCCUAUCGCCGUCAUUCCGCCGUCGUUUGCAAACAUAUUUGGGCAAUAAGACCGCACACUUCAUACACGAAUUGAAUAAUUUCGCUAGAUCGCCAUUUGAUAUGAUUGGUUAUGAUAGAGUUGUUGAAUACUCACCACAGUCCAGUGAGGAUGUCGUCAUAGAAUUCACUUCAUCGGAUGAUACAACUGAUACAGAUGAAAUCGACGUAGCUGAAGAUUCAGCUACCCAAUCUGUCGCUGCAUCGACAAAUGGUGGGACUCUUGAUAAUGAUGAUGUUGAAAAUCUUCCAAGUUAUUACAGAGUAUUUAAUACUCAUUUCAACUCUUUUACAGCUAUAAAUUUAACAAUUCAUAACCGCUUAGCGUCAAAUAUGACACGACAUGGAGGUGAUGGAACAGCCGGCCCAAGUGGUUCGAUGCGUUCGGUUGUACAAGAUGGGGUUAGUUUGGUUAUUGAUUUAAGAAACGAGCCGGAGGAGUCGACUGCGACCGAUGCAGCUGUACAUGGCAACAACAGUACAGAGGCUGUAAGUUCGAAUUUAAGUCAGCCAACCGUUACGGAAAACAUCGAAUUAACAUCGGGCAGCAGUGAUGAAUGUGAAUUUGUUUUGGAGCGUAAACCUCCACAUUUGCGAACACCCGAAAAGGUUAGUCUAGACUCGGCAUCGGAUUCCGAUGUGGUUUUUGUCGAAGAAACAAAACCCUUAAACAAAACCUCAUUCAGUACAAGUGAAGCAGAACCGGACAACGAUGAUGCCGAUACGGGCAAAGUAAAACGCCAAUCGUCUAAUCGUUCUAAAAUUACAGCCUUAGUAGAAGCCAAGAAACGUAGUAAUCAACAGUCUGCUACCAGUACAACUAAGAAUGACGCAACACCAAACAAUUCAGAUAUAUAUAAUGUGGGAGCAAGCACCUCGGCGGCACUACGGCUAUCGAUACAACAAAACAAAAAGCGGACUAAAUAUUCUCUGCGUAAUGCAAGAGCGGACACGAAUCAGGUCAAUCCAACAAGACGUCGUGGCAAACGUUUGCCAAGCGAAAGCAGCCAUUCCAGUAGUUCCGACUCCUCCUUGGGUGAUGGGGCAACAAGUGGGUCUUCAAGCGACGAAGAAUAUGUUCUAUCGGCAAAUCAGAGGCAUAGUGCGAAAAAACGCAGGCGAGUUAAAAAAUCAAAGAGGAGGAGAAGUAAGUGUGGCACUUCAGCUACAAAACGAAGGAAGACAAACAACAAUUAUGAAUCGACUGACGAUGAUCCGGAGGAAAGUGAAGAUGACGACGACGAUGACGACGAAGAUGAUAAUGGGCAUAUGGGAAAGAAUUUUGCCCUCGUUAUGGCCUUAAACGGGCGACUAAAAAGACAAGAGGAGAAACUAAAAACAUUGCGUGCGACAAAUAUCGAUGACGAGGAGAAUCAAAGCGAGGGGGAGAACUCAUGGCGUGUGAAGGCAGUCAACGAACCUUUACGGAAACAGCAACAACAACAGGCUAAAAGUGCUCUAAUCGGUAAUGGACGUAAGCGAAGGAUACGAAAAUUGUCUCACAAGUCAACGAACGACGGAAAUAUCAAACAGCCUAAACUUGACGACGAUGAAACGCAGGGUGGCAGUGAUACCCAUGGGAAAGAAGAGCCAGCAUUCAAAAAUGGUGAAAGCUCAGGGGAAAGCAGCGAAAGCGAUAAUGUAAAGUUAAUAGAGUUGAAAACAAAGCUCUCGAAAAAUUCUACCAGUAAUGAGAACCUGGAAUCAACAAGUAACGAGCGUUUACAUGACGAAGAUGCGAAUCGUGUUACCAGUAGCAGUAAUGACCCACAAGAUAAGUGCACGGAAACAGCAAUAGCCAGUCCUCGCUUGCCGUAUGCCCAAGAGAGUCUCCAUAUAACUGCCUGUGAUGAUAAUGCCGCCUCAAAUAUGCCCACCGUUGUAGUAUCCGCCCCCGAAACGCAAACGCACAGUUCAUAUGAUGAUGAUACAGUUGCCAUUGCUGCUGGCUGCAGCCAUCCACAUACAACAGGUAGCGAAGCCAAAACUGCACCGGUAGAUGAUAUUCAAGGCGAGAAUUCAGGAGAAAAUUCAGAAAAUCAAGACAAGUCUGUUAACUUCAAAAAUCCAGUUGAUGACAUUAAAAAAGAGAUGGAAGAAAUCGAACAUGAGGGUGAUACAGAGCAUGCACGCAGAGAGGCAAAUGAGGACAAUGAGUAUAGUAAUGAAACAUCCAAUUUAUAUUCAACAACAGAGCACGAUGAAGAACAGGAAGAUAUUAAACAAGAACGUGAAGAAGGAGAAGAAGAGGAUGAUGAUGAUGACGAGGAAGAUGAUGUAGAUGAAAAUGGUACUACGUUAAAUGAGAAUAUGUCUCACGAUUCGAAUGUUUUCGAUGCAAAUAGCAUGAGUAAUACGACCACAACCGACACAAUACUAAAUGACGCUGCCGAACAAAUUUCACCAGCUGCCGUUAGUUUUUAUACACCUCAGCCACAGUCUUCUUCUUUCAAUACUGCCGAUUUUGCUGACGACAAUACGAUGAAUAGUAGCAGUUCAGAGAGUUCAGUAUCAUCUACCACAACAUCAUCAAGCAGUAGUAGCAGCAGCAAUAAUACCAAUGAUUUUAUGAAUUAUCUUUCAUAAACUAUGUUACAGCCAUUCAUCUAUACUUUAAUUCCGACUUAAUAAAAUAGAACGAACCAAACUACAACCAAUCCAAUUUUUUUCAUGGCAUCCAUCGACAGCCGAUAACGAUAGCAACAGAAAAACUCACUAAUAUCACGGAUAUCCAUAGACACAUAAAUAAUAAAUAGUUUAAUUUUAUAUAUCGUAUAUGAACUCUCAUCCAUAGCAAUAUAUACAUAUACGCAUAUGUAUGUCAUACAUAGAAUGAACAUUUUGCAGAAAUCAUACAUUUGAGUAGAAAGAGCAAUGCUUUCAUACUAUAAUAACAAUUACAAAUAUUUAAUUGUAACUUAUUUUUGGCUGGAAUCGUUCCAUACUCCAUGUCCAUAAUUGCAACAAAAUCCUUAGUAUAAUUUAAUUUAAGUUUGAACACAAAUUUGUAUGUAUAAUCUAAUUAUAAAUAGUCAUAAGUUUUCAAUGUAUUUUUAAGUUAUCUUUUUUGUAUAGUGUACAACUGGUAACACAAGUUUUUGUACAUCAUCUCAAACAUCUCCAUCCUGCAAUUGCACAUAAAAACAAUAACCGGAAUAAAUUCAAUUAUUAUAAUGCAAUCGAUUUCAUGAGAUGUAUCCCUUUGAAAAUACAGUCCACUUAAUCCAGCAGGAAUAUUUUAAUAAAAUUAUUAAAAAUAUUUAAUCAAGUGAACUCUCUCAUUAUUAUUAUUUUUCCAAUUGAUCAACGAACAACUAUAUGUAAAGAAAAAGCAAAACAACAAAUACAAAGAAUUAAAGAAAAAAUGGGGGAAACUCAAUUGUAAAUAGUUAUGAUGUAGUUGUGAAAAGUUUCAGAAUAUUAAGACACAACAAUAUUACUCUUUGUUUGAUUCGAAUUAAAACUUAAUAAAGGAAAAUGUGUUAAAUGUGUGAGUGUGUAUGUGCGUGUGUAAGUGUGCAGCAAAAAGAGUAAAUUGUAAUGGGAUUGUUCCUCCUUUCGUGUUUGAAAUCAUUCACCACUGUUCAUAAUAAUAUUAUAAUGGUAUUGUACUAUCUAAACUCAAUAAAAUGCUUUCACCGUUCUAAGUUUUAUAAGCGAUAUUUUACAAAUGAUUAAAUUUAAAUACUUUACAUAAUAUAAAAAUUAAAAAAUAUAUAUACACAAACAAAACUACACAUUCAUAUAUGGAGUAAGAAUGAAAGUGAAAACAAAUACAUACUUAUGUUCAUGUAUUUGAAAAUCGUGUGUUUUAUUUUUGAUAUUGUGGCAUGCAACUAUGUAGUUUGUAGCACAUCGAAAUUUAUGAUACAAACUGAUACAUCCAUAUGAAUCUCCACAUUUAAAACCGUCGUCCUUUGUACAGGUAUAUAAA